UUUGGAAAGGGAUUUCUGCCCCUCCAAGGGCUUUGGAAAAUAGUUUGUGCCCAUCCAAUGCCUUUGGAGAGGAAUUUAGAGAGGGAUUUGUGUCCCUCCAAGCGCAUUGGAAAGGGAUUUGUGCCCUUCCAAGGGAUUUGUGCCCUCUCAAGGGCAUUGGAAAAAGAUUUGUGCCCCUCCAAUGUCUUUGGAGAGGGAUUUGGAAAAGGAUUUCUGCCCCUCCAAGGGCUUUGGAAAGGGAAUUGUGCCCCUUCCAAGGCAUUUGGAAAAGGAUUUUUGCCCCUCCAAGGGCUUUGUGCCCUUCCAAGGGCAUUGGAAAAGAAUUUCUGCCCCUCCAAUGGCUUUGGAAAAGAAUUUGUUCCCAUCCAAGGGCUUUGGAGAGGGAAUUGUGCCCCCCCAGGGGCUUUGGAGAGGGAUUUGGAAAGGGAUUUCUGCCCUUCCAAGGGAUUUGGAAAAGGAUUUGUGCCCCUCCAAGGGCUUUGUGCCCUUCCAAGGGCUUUGGAAAAGGAUUUCUACCCUUUCCAAGGGCUUUGGAGAGGGAUUUGUGCCCCUCCAAGGCAUUUGUGCUCUCCCAAGGGUGGGAGCAGCGCUGGAUUUCGGACUCGAGCCCCUCGCCCACCCCUGGGAAGGUUUUGGGGUGCUCAGGGCAGCCCUGGAGACAGGGAAGGUGGAAAAGCGGCACAGGGAUCCCUCUGGAUCAUCCCUCCCACCCCAGGAUCCCUCUGGAUCAUCCCUCCCGCCCCAGGAUUCCCUUCCCUCGGGCUCAAAUCCCAAAGGGAGCAGGGUUGGGAGCUGCCCACCCCAAUCAUGGAUUGCUUUUCAUUCCACAGGGAAAAACAAAAACAACAAAAAAAACCCAAAAACAAAACCUGGAUGUGGCCGAGUGCACAAGCUCUGGGUCCUAAAGGAAUGGAAAAAGUGGGGAAAGGGAAGGAUCCAAGGAAAAGGGAGGGAUCCAAGGAAAAGGGAAGGAUGAGGUAUAGCAACAAGCGGAGCUCCAGGCCCUGGGGCAGCACUGGGAUCUCCUGGAUUCUCCUGGAUUCUCCUGGAGUCCGUCCCGGUGUUCCUGAGGGAUGCUCGGGGGUCCCACCACGUGGAGGUUCCUCAGCCACCCAGACCAACACUUGGACACUUUUCUGUGUCUUUUUUAACCCCAAAAUCUUCCUCAGGUGAGCGGGAUUGUCCCCUCAGAGUGACCCCCAAAAUUCCAACCCUGUUAUUUCGGAUGCUUUUUUUUUUUUUUUUUUUUUUUUAUUUCCCUAAAAAGUCUUUCCUGCAGCUUUUCAACUCCUAAAAGUGAUUUUCACUCCUUUAACCAACCAGCCAAGGAUUGGGAGGGGGUUUCUCCAUGAAAAAGACAAAUCCUGGCCUGUCCAUGGAAGUGUCCCAGGAUGGGGCUUGGAGCAGCCUCUGAGGGGCUGGAAUUUGAUGGAUUUUUGUCUUUCCCACCCAAACCAGCUUGGGGUUUGUGGAGCAGAGGGAAAACUUCCAGUUGGAACAUUGGGAAAGGCCUUGCUGCCCUUGGAAAACCCUGCUGGGAAUUCUCCAGAAUUCUCCAGAUCCAUCUGCAGCCGUGGAAUCCCCAGGGAAAGCAGGGAGAGAUCUUCCCAUCCAUGAGGGAAAACAAAUUCAGUUUGGAUUCAGUUCCUUAAUUCUGGUAUUUUCCAAACCAAUCCAGAGGUUCCCACAUCCAGGCAUUUCCCAUCCAUCCAUCCAGAAAGAAACCUCUGAUUUAACUGGAAAAAGUAUUUUCCACCUGUUUUUUUCUGUGAGGAAAAAAUCCUUCCUGGGAUUUGUAAAUCCAGGUGGGAAUGGUGGAAUCCAGGCUGGAUUUCCUAAAUUGUGGUGUCAGGCAGUGAACAGAAGAGAUUCCCUGUCAGCCCAAGGGAAUCCUGAUCCCAUUCCUGAGGAAUUCCUGCUCUGGGUGGAAUUCAGAGCUGGGAAAGGUGGAGGGGAUUUUUGGGGAUUUUUUCCUCCCCUCUCUGGUGCUCUGUGGCAGUAGAUUCAGGGAUUUGCCUCUGAAUUCCAUUGGAUUUUGGGAAUUCUCCACCCAAACCUCCUCUCCCAGGUUUCUCAGCGUGCCCUGGUGGUGAUGGAAGAGCAGCUGCAUCCCAAAUUCUUGUAAAUUUUCCCUGGAUUUUGGCAAAUCUGGUCCAUUCCAAACCAGGCAUAACUCAAGCCUGGAAUUUUGGAGUGUUCUCUGUGCUUUGUGUGAUUUUUGUCAGCUUUCAGAGGAUGUUCCAGCAUCAUCCCAAGAAUUUUAUUUUUUUUUAUCGGAUUCAUCCUCGUGAUUCCAGCUGGGGGCUUGGAUUUCAGUGCUGGCAGUGUCAGGUGGGGGCUGCUCCUCUCUGCUGGGGGCUGGGUGUGAAAUGUGCUGCAAAACUGAUGUAAUUCCAUAUUUAUUCCUCUUUCUAGAAAAAAAAAAAAAAAUCUCUGGCAAAUCCAGUGAUUUGGAUUCCUUUUCUCGAUAGGAAAUAGAGAAAACCAUCGAGCUCUAAAUUCCUUCCAGGGAAUUUUGCAAAAUCGAAUUGCACAUCAAAAAAAAAUGCCCUUUGUGAGAAAACAUUCCCUAGAAAAACA